AUGGACAUGAAUGAGGAGGAUGCUGAAUUUGAUGAAGUCUUGAUGGAACCAAAAGCAGAAAAUCAAGCAACUGCAGCGACACAAGCAACUAAACCUCAACGUAAGCGUCGAAAAACCUCAACUAUUUGGAAUGAUUUUGUAUUAGUGGGGAUAGAAGAGGGUGGAAAAGAAAGGGCUAAGUGCAUUCACUGUGAUUCAAAAUUAGUGUAUAAUAGUAAGACUCAUGGUACAAAUCAGUUGAAGCGACACUUAGAGGGUUGUUCUAAGAUGCCUAAGAAGGUAGAUAAGCGUGUGUAUGAUCAUAAGGUAGAUCGUGAGAUGGUUACUGGAGCUAUCAUCUACCAUGAUCUACCAUUUCGAUAUGUGGAAUACGAGAAGGUUAGAGCAAGAGAUAGGAGAUAUGAAAUAGAGAAAGAGAAGUUGAAGGGGAUGUUUGUGAAGCAUCGUGGCAGUAAGAUCUUAGAGUCUUUGAAGGAAUGGGGUUUAGAGAAGAAGAUUUUCUCGAUUACUCUAGACAAUGCCACAAACAACAAUAGUAUGUUGAGAAUUCUCAAGGGAAAGCUUCAGAUGACAAGUGGAAUCGAUGGAGAUCUGUUGUGUGAUGGCAAGCACCUACAUGUGAGAUGUUGUGCUCACAUUUUGAGCCUCAUAGUUAAAAAUGGCUUGGAGUUAGCAAAUAGUCUUCCGCAUAACAUUCGAGAGAGUGUCAGAUAUGUGAAAGCAUCGCCACAAAGGAAAGAAGCAUUUGCAGCAUGUGUAGAGAGAGUAGGAAUUAGAGGUGGAGUUGGAUUAUUACUUGAUGUUCCUAUUCGCUGGAACUCUACAUACGAGAUGCUGGUCAGAGCUCUCAAGUUUAAGGACGAAUUUGCUAGCAUGGAGUGGUAUGAUCCGAACUAUAAGACGUUGCCUUCAGUGGAUGAGUGGAACCGUGGAACAAAGAUCUGUGCAUUGUUGAAGUCGUUCAGUGUUAUGGCAACCGACUUUUCAGGUUCAAAGUAUCCCACUUCUAAUAUCUACUCCACACAAGUAUGGAGUAUAAAAUUGUUAUUGGAGAAAUAUUCUAUUUGUGAUGAUCUUGGGGCGAGAGAAAUGGCCAGAGACAUGCAAGUUAAGGUUGAUAAAUACUGGAAAGAUUAUUGUGUAAUAUUGGCUAUGGGAGCAGCUCUAGAUCCAAGAAUAAAGAUUGAUAUGCUGGAAGCUGCUUAUAAAGAAGUGGAUCCGACUACUGCAAGCUUAAAGACUGAAAAACUCAAGAAAAGUUUGAGUGAUCUCUAUAAAAACUAUCAGAAAUAG